UCACAGCGGCCCAGUUAAGUGCAUGUGUGUAGAUACAGUACACACAUAACAUACAAGUAUACAAAUAUAUGUACUUAUGUGUGAGUUCGGGGGCAGCGAUAACUGCAGCUCACACCUACAGGGAUAGCUUUAUCGAUACUCUGUGUACACUGUACACUAUUGAUAUUUGUUCAACUCGGCUGCCUUCGACGCUCUCCUGUUCACUGCGUGUGCUUUGCUUAAUACCUAUUUGACUUUAAUAAGUGAUUGUUGUGUUGUGCCGCUCAAAGAGUCCCCCGUUGCGCCACUAAAGUUCUACGGAAUCGGUUCUCGAGAUCCGGUUCUGCAAUUCUACGCUCCGCUUGUCCGCUUGUCCGCUUGCUCGCUUGUCCGCUUGUUCGCUUGUCCGCCGAUCAACGGAUCAUCGGGCCUCGAAAUCUUCUGGCGGUGGGUCCAGGCUCCCCGGGGUUAUUCCAUUGCCAGUUCGCCAGCGCCAGUUGGCACUUUCGGACGCCGUGUCGCUGAAAGCACUGGAUCGCAGUGAUAGCGGCGCUUGUAGAACGAGAGAGAGAGAGACAGCCAGCGAAGGAGCAAGCGAGAUAGGGCCGCAAACGGACGCUCUCUUUUAACGGACAGAUUGUUGUUUUUCAACCGACGACGUUUUUAUGGCUUAUUGAAUUUGGCCAGCGGCAGUCAAAAAGCGCGCGCUACGCCUGUCACAACUGCCGGUCGAAGAAGUGUCGAUCCGAUAUAGAAUAUCUGCCGCUAUAUCUUCCGCCAUAUAUCGGAAAAUGUACCUCUCGAUCAAGUGCGCCUGACUUAUAAUAAUCAAAUAUAUCACGCCUUCGUCGCCUAAUUACACACACCGCACACCACACAUCAAUUAAAAAGUGAUCGCGCAUUAAAAACCCAUCACGACAUAUAAUUCGUCGACAAAUAGUGUAUUAAAUAAAAUAAUUAAUUUAAUGUGAACCACCGGCAAUUCAACAGUUCAACUAACCACCAACAACCACCCACCAUCCCCCGCCGUUCAAUUUGUAUGCGCUUUUUUUUGCUGUUCAAUUUUCUUUUACUGUUACUGUUACUGUUACUGUUUCGCUUGCUGCUCCUUGCGAUUUUCCCGACGGUUCCGAUUUUCCGCACGCGAGAGCCUUAAUUAUGAGCAAUUAUAAUCCGAAUUGCGGUUACUUCGAGGAUUGCAGCUACUACACGAACAACGUGUUUCAACAGGAUUAUUGCAUGCAGACGGAUUACGAGUACAACAAGCAUGUCUACGACUUAUUCGAUGCAAAGGUGCCGUCGUCGCAACGCUCUGGCUUCCAUAUAUCGGACAUCCUGAACUUGGAGGGCUCCGAGCUGAAGAACGCAGCCGCUGCCGCCGCCGCAGCCGCCCAGCAUGGCAGCGACUUGAGCCACCACUCGGCCACCGAGUCCACCAGUGGCCACCGCGGCCAGGGAUCUCACACCUCGCCCUCGGCGCUCUCGCCCACGCCGGCCGGCGGUUCGGUGGACGAGCACCACAACGGCAGCGGCACGGGGGGCGGAGCGGGCGAAGCGGACCACCACAGCACCACCGAGCACCACGCCCCUCCGAGCCAUGCCCAGCAACAGCACCCGCACCACCAGCAGCAGCAGCAGCACCACCACCAGAACCACCACCCCCACCUCCUCCUCCCGCAGCAGCACCACCAGCAGGCGGUGGCCCCACUCCCACUGGCGCACCACCAGAGCGGCGAGGCCCAGAGCCACGCCCACGCCAACGCAGCCGCCGCCCACCUGCUGGCCAGCCACAAUGCAGCGGCUGCGGCCGCCGUCGCCGCCGGCCAAUACCUGCCCAACCUGCCAAAGAACUUCCCGGGGAGCUUCGGCGACGAGAUGUCCUCGUACCACCACAUGGCCCAGACCAUGCUGCAGCACUCGGGCAGGAGCGCGUGGAUCAAGGAGAACGAGCUAUACGGAACCCAGCAGCCCGCCAGUCCGGAUAGCACCUCGCCAGUGACCUCGGAGGUGUCGUACACCUACAUAGGCUCCAACUGCCAGACAUCGCCCGCCCUGUCCGGCGACUACAAGAGCUACAGUCGGUCGGCGGACAGCGAUGCCCUGUCCGUGGGCGAUGCCCUGCACACCCUCCACGGAUCCUCGGGCAAUGGGGGUGCCGGCGGCGCCACGACCGCCCAUGGCCUGCACAACAACAAUAACAACACGACGAACAACAACAACCACAGCCUGAAGGCCGAGGGGAUGAAUGGAGCAGGCAGUGGCCACGACGACAGCCUGAACGAGGACGGCAUCGAGGAGGACAUCGACGACGUGGACGACGCCGACGGGAGUGGCGGCGGGGAUGCAAACGGAUCCGACGGUCUGCCAAACAAGAAGCGCAAGCGACGAGUCCUGUUCACCAAGGCGCAAACAUACGAGUUGGAGCGCCGGUUUCGACAGCAACGCUACUUGAGUGCCCCGGAACGCGAGCACCUGGCCAGCCUGAUCCGCCUGACGCCGACGCAGGUGAAGAUCUGGUUCCAGAACCACCGCUACAAGACGAAGCGGGCGCAAAACGAGAAGGGCUACGAGGGCCAUCCCGGCCUGCUGCACGGCCAUGCCACCCAUCCGCAUCACCCCAGCGCCCUGCCCUCGCCCCGUCGGGUCGCCGUUCCGGUUCUGGUGCGGAACGGAAAGCCCUGCCUGGGCGACACCUCCAAGCUGGGAGCCGACUGCGUUUCCGUGCCCUCAGCCACCGCCACCGCCAUGCAGAAUGCCGCCGCCCACCACCUGGUGGCCCUGAACGGAGCGGCCGCCUAUCAACAUGCCGCCGCAGCCGCCGCCGGUCUUCAUGCCCACGCCCAUGCCCACGCCCACGCCCAUGUCCACGGGCAUCCCCACGCCCACGCCCAGAGGGCCGCCUGGUGGUCCUAAUAUUGCUAGGAACUGGCACUCACGGGACUGGGGGGCCACCGGACUUCCAUAGGUUAACUAGUCCGUGGAGCGAUGAGCCAGCAGCCGAGUAAAGGAAUACACACAAGUAAUUGAAACAUAUGCAAAUCCCCACUUCCCACUUCCCACUACCCACUACCUACUAGCGUUUAGUCUCCCGGAUCUUUCCCCGAGUCGUUUCUGUACAUAGUUUAUAUAUAUACAACCAUAUAUAUACCUAACUGACAUACACACGAGUAUAUCCACUCCUGGAUACCAGACCAAUGCCCAUGACAAAAGAAAACUACAUUUCCUUCUGAGUAAAAAACCAUUUGCAUUACCUAGUGUCUCUUGUCAAGCGCAUUUAAAUCGCAUAAAAUCUAGAAGUAGACCCAUUUUUUUUAUUUUUUUUUCUAGACAUAAGUCCAAGCCCAAAGAUAAAAUGUGUAAAUAUAAUAUAAAAACGAAGUAAUAAAGUAAUGAAGUUACUUAUGAACUUAGAUUAUUUCAAACGGCAAAAUAAUAAUAAGCAAUAUGCAACUAACUCUGUACUAUAUAACUAUAAUCAAUUCAAGCGUAAUAAGUGUUCAAAUUUUGUAGACAAAACUUAUUGGCCUUUUUUUUCUAUGAAUACAUAUAUACUAUAAUAUAGGCACUUAGUCCUAACACAUAUUUUUUUCGUGAGUGUGUGCGUGUAUAGAGAGUAAAAAUCUUUGAAUUUAUAGCAAGUAACGAGUUCAUAAAUUGUAACAAAACACAGACAGUAAACUGCGAAGUUCAUGUCGGAGAUUUAAUAAAAACCAAUUACAUACAUUAAA